AAAAACGCAGACGAGGCAUAUGCCUCGCUCUUCCUUAAUCGCGAAACCCCGACCAGUGACUUCCUCAUUCGCGACCCGUGCCCUAACUUCUCCGCCGCCUCCGUUUUUUCGCGAUCCACCUCUCCCCGCGUGCACUGCCCUAACUCCCCUUCUCCUUCCCGAACUCAGCUGCGCCUCUUCUUCCUCUUCCCUCCUCUUUCUUCUUCCCUCCCCUCCCAGAGAAUCGAAGCCCUCCGGCGUUGCUCCCCUUCUCCUUCCCGAACUCAGCUGCGCCUCUUCUUCUUCUCCCCUCCUCCUUCUUCUUCCCUCCCCCUCCCAGAGAAUCGAAGCCCUCCGGCGAUGCUCCCCUUCUCCUUCCCGAACUCAGCUGCGCCUCUUCUUCUUCUCACCUCCUCCUUCUUCUUCCCUCCCCCUCCCAGAGAAUCGAAGCCCUCCGGCGCUGCACCCCUUCUCCUUCCCGUGCACUGCCCUACCUCCCCUUCUCCUUCUCGUGCACUGCCCUACCUCCCCUUCUCCUUCCCUCGCGCGAACUCAGCUGCGCCUCUUCUUCUUCUUCUUCCCUCCUCCUUCUUCUUCCGACGCUGCUCUCCUCAUCAGUUUUGUGGAUUGGUGUGCGAAAUCAGGCAUCCGCGAAGGACAUCGCAGAGUACAUCAACAAGGAGGGAAGAAGCAAGUACGGUUGUUAUUUCAUGGCAACCUCAAGUUAUAGCAGCAUCGACAAUACAAGAUUUGAACCUAUAACAUGUAGGGACUGCGGACGAAGAACAUUUAUGUGUGUUUCUAGAUCAACCAAGAAUCCUGGAAGACAUUAUUACAGAUGUGAGCAACAUGGAUGGCAAAAGUGGGUGACGACCGAUACUAGGUCAUCGGCCAAAAUUGAAAGUGAGCACAAUGCAUUUCAUGGUCAUUAUCCGGGAAUAAUCAAUGUACCGAAAUUUAUUUGGAUAUUAGUGAUGGUGAACUUGAUUCUCUUAGCCGUAAUCCUUAUUGGAUUGUUAGUUCAUAUGGCAAGUUAGUAUUAAAUAGUAUUGUGUUGUAAUGUAACUACCUAAAUAUUUGUAAUUCUGGACACAAAUUUCGUUUGUUAGUUUAUAUCGUUAACUACUUUUGAAUCUUGAAUUA